UUUUAAAUAGACGAUUCAUUAGUUUACAUUCAAAAACGAAAGGGAAACCUAAAUUCAGACUGCCACAGCAAAUCCCGGCAACUGUAAUCCACCGCUGGCCUACGUUAACCGCCGCGCCCUUCCUCCAUCUCGGUGAGCGCAGCGCACAAGUCACAACCCUUAAUUUUUAUUCGAAGGGGUUUUUGUACGUAAUGGCGACUGAUAAUGGCGACAUACUGAUGCUAGAGGCGCCACCGCAGCCGGAGCCGGCUCCAGCGCCGGCAGCUCCAAUAAUUGAUGCUUUGCCGUACAUUGAUGACGACUAUAGCAAUCCGAAGGUUAAAGAAGAGGUCGACCGAUUGGUGGAAGAGGAGAUGCGGUUAAGCUCUAAGAAGCCUUCCGAUUUCCUCAAAGAGCUCCCCCCUCUCCCCACAUUCAACUUUCAGGAUCAUCCUAUGCUUGCAAAGGAAUAUGAGAGAGUUAGAGCUGGGAGACCCCCGGUCCAAAUGGAUACAUCCAGAUAUGGACUUGAUGUGCCACCGGUGAAUAAGCGAAACGAUGAGACUGCAUGGAGGCAAGCAGUUCAGAAAGCCCAGCGCCUGUUGCAGCAUCAAGUGAUCAGGCUUGAAAAUCUGGAUUUGAUGCUGAAGCAUGGUCCUGAUGUUUGGAAGUUGUAUAAUCAACAGUUGGAGGCAUUUCUGUCAAGAAUGCAAUCUCAAGUUCUGGAGCUCAAUGGACAUAUUGAAUCUGUCAAUCGAGAGAGGAAGUAUCAUCAGCAAAACACCGCCUACGAGCUCACUGCUUUAUCUGCACAAUGGAAGGAGCUCUGUCUAAAAAACAUUGAAAUAGAAAGUGCAUGUGCUGAAAUUGAAGCCCAUGCUGAAGCAGUAAAAAUCGAAGCUGCCAAGAGGGGAUGGAAUUUGGAGGCAAAUGUUGAGAAUGGAACUAUUGCAGGAAGCUGAAAAAUGAGGUUUGGUUGAAGUUUGUGGACAGUUUACUGUGUUAUCUGAUACAUGAAAAAUAGGUAUCAGUGAUUCGAUAGAACAGGGAAAGAGAUUUAGUAUUGUGUACCAGUCAUUGCAUGGAUUUUGAUGCUAAGUUAUUUGUUCUCUGUUCGUUUUUCAGUGCCCAUCGAUUUACUAACAUGGUUUUGUAAAAUUAAUAAAUUAUCACGACGGCUUUAGUGCUUUACUAACUUUUUUAAAUAUAUUUACGUGAUUCGUUUGUGGGUUAA